UCGCCGUUCCCCCCUGACCCAAAUCUAGAGGCCGGAGGGGCCGGGGCAGCAGGUGCAGAUGCCGGUGCAGCAGGUGUGGGAGCAACCGGGGGGGAGGACGGUGAAACAAUAGAAGCAGGAGGUGGAAGGCGCAGGGAAAGUUGGGGGUGGGGUGGACCCGUAAGCUAGCGAGAGGCUGCAGAAGCUAAAGCAUCCUGCCUGGGAAAGGUAAGAGAGAGGCUGGAGGGGGACGAGCUAGAGCGGCAGCAGCCGCAGCUGGAGUAACCAGGAGAGCCUCGGGAGGAGGAGGGUGGAGGGAGGAGGAGAAGGAGGAGGAGCAGCAGCAGCAGCGAUGGCAGCUUAAUUUGCCACCCGGAGGAGGCGGAGUCUCCGCAGCAGUAAGAGCAGGAGGCAUUGCUGAAACAGUAGCCGCGCUGGCUGGAGCCCGAGCCCGAGCCCGAGCCCGAGCCCGAGGAGUCUGGGUGUGUGAGAGCUUCGCUAGCUACGGACCGGCAGCAUCUCUUCGGGAGGCUGGGAGAGUGUUCCAAGGGAAGAUAUUUCCAGAAACCCACCUUCAUAACAAAGAAGUGCACUCAUCCAGCAGAGUGACCUUGACUACUGAUAGUGCUUGUGAUAUUUUGCACCCAUUUGAUCCCCUGUGUCUCCAUGGAAAGCGGAGAUAUACAUUUUAUCAUCUUUUCUCUAGGAUUAAGAUUGAUCAACUGAAACCUUGGAAACAUGACUUUCUUUGGAUUCCUGGCUUUGCUUGUUCUGCCAAGUACAGCUCUUAGCACCAAUUUUCCUGAUGAAACCAUUGCAGAAUUGUCUGUGAAUGUGUAUAAUCAUCUACGGGCCACUGGAGAAGAUGAGAAUAUUCUCUUCUCCCCUUUGAGUAUUGCUAUUGCAGUGGGAAUGGUGGAACUGGGAGCCCAUGGGUCCACCCUGAAAGAAAUACGUCAUUCCAUGGGAUAUGAAGGUUUGAAAGAUGGUGAAGAAUAUUCCUUCUUGAGGAAUCUCUCUGACAUGAUAACCACUGAGGAGAACCAGUAUGUGAUGAAAAUGGCCAACUCCCUCUUUGUGCAGAAUGGAUUCCAUGUCAAUGAGCAGUUCUUACAGAUGAUGAAAAAGUAUUUCCAAGCUGAAAUUGAGCAUGUAGAUUUCAGCCAAAAUGAAGCUGUAGCCAGUCACAUCAACAAGUGGGUGGAGAAUCACACCAACAGUCUAGUGAAAGAUUUGGUAUUAGCGAGAGACUUCAGCUCUUUGACCCACCUGGCCCUCGUCAAUGCUGUAUACUUUAAAGGGAACUGGAAGUCACAAUUUAGGCCUGAAAAUACAAGAACCUUCUCCUUCACAAAAGAUGAUGAAAGCGAGGCUCAAAUUCCCAUGAUGUACCAACAAGGAGAGUUUUAUUAUGGAGAAUUUAGUGAUGGCUCCAAUGAGGCAGGCGGCAUCUAUCAAGUUCUGGAAAUACCUUAUGAAGGGGAAGAAAUAAGCAUGAUGCUUGUUCUAUCCAGACAAGAAGUCCCCCUAGUCACCUUGGAGCCAUUAGUGAAACCUCAGCUGAUUGAAGAAUGGGCCAACUCUGUGAAGAAGCAGAAAGUGGAAGUGUAUUUGCCAAGGUUCACCGUAGAGCAGGAAAUUGACCUUAAAGAUGUCCUGAAGGGCCUGGGGAUUUCUGAAGUUUUCAACAGAAAUGCAGAUUUUAGUGCUCUGUCUGACAACAAGGAGAUUUUCCUGGCCCGAGCGGUCCACAAGUCCUUCAUCGAGGUUAAUGAGGAAGGCUCCGAAGCGGCUGCUGCCUCAGGAAUGAUUGCCAUUAGUCGCAUGGCAGUGCUCUAUCCCCAAGUUAUUGUUGACCAUCCAUUCUUUUUCCUUAUCAGGAAUAGGAGAACAGGUACCAUCUUGUUCAUGGGAAGAGUCAUGCACCCAGAAGCAAUGAACACAAGUGGCCAUGAUUUUGAAGAGCUGUAAAUAAAUAUUAACCAUCACAUCAUGAAAGGAAAACUGUCAUAAAGCACACCACGUUUGCAACUGGUAUAUAUUUAAGGUCUGUGUUCUCCAGUGUAUGCUAUGAACCUGUUCCAGGUCCACGCCGUCAUGUGAAUUGGCCAGCUGGCCUUGUCAAAGAAUGCUUUCCGUAUUAUUGCCAUCAUGGUCCUCUUGCUGUCCUUGUGGUUACUGUGUUGGUAUUGAAAAUAAAACCAUAUAUUAUACACGUGAA